CUGAGCGCUUCCGGUGUCGAGGGUCACUCUGACAUGCCCGUCGUUUCUCAGCGAUGAAGUAGGUGGACUGCUCUACAUGGACACUCAAAAUGGAAAAUAGGGAGUACCACUAGUUAAAACAGUAGACUUUCGGAGACCACUUCAAGAAAACUCUUGACAUUGAUUUCCUGGAUACUACAAACUGUUCUCAAUCAUGUCAAAUCCACCGCCAGCACCAGAGCAGCUGAGUCCGGUCACCUCUCCGGCGACUAAACAACUGUUUGGCGAUUGCUGGAGCUGUCGGUUGCUCUCAGGCGGUGGGUUGCUGGCUUCGGGGGUAUAUGUCUACAUGCAGGCGCGUAAAACAAUGCGUCUUGGUGGACCCACAUCUAUGGGCACAGUAGCCCAGAUUGUAUUUGCAGCAGGUUUGGCAGCAUGGGGCAUCGAAGUGAUUGCUGAUCCAGUGGGAAAGGGCACAAAGAAAUCAUAGUUUUGCUGAACACUGGUGGUCUACACACAUGUCCUAUCAUUUACAUGGACUUGUAGAGCAAAACGCCAAAGCCACAGUGGCAUCUGCUGCAAAACUGAUAAUAAUUUGAAAAACUGAGCGAGUAUAAUGAAAUUACAUAAUUCAGCCAUGUUUCAUUAAAUGUUUUUAAUUGCAA